AUGGUUGUCAACUUGAGUAUAAAGUACUUCAAGUGUGACCACCAGAUGUCCGUCUUCCUGUACCUUGCAUCCCUGCAAAAUAACUGCUCCAUCACGGCCUAUCCCUGUGACUCCUAUCGGGAUUAUAGGAACGGCAAGUGUGUCAGCUGUGGUGCUGGGCAAGUUGUGUCCUGUCCCCGCCUGGGCUACUAUGCCGACAACUGGAAAGAGUACUUAUGGGACAGAGAUCCUCCGAUGACAAAGGCGUUCUUCGACACGGCUGAGACAAAACCAUACUGCAUGUAUCAUUAUUUUGUGGACAUCGUAUCUUGGAACAAGAGCGUAAGAAGAGGGUUCAUUACAAUCAAACUGAGAGACGAAGAUGGAAAUAUCACAGAAUCCAAAAUUGAUCAUGAGCCGUCUGCAUUCCAGAAGUACCACCAAGUGAGCCUCCUUGCAAGAUUUAAUCGAGAUCUGGAUAAAGUGGCAGAAAUUUCCUUGUUGUUCUCCACAAGGUCUGUGGUGGGUCCAAAGUACAAGCUCAGGGUUCUGCGGGUGAAGCUGCGGUCCCUAGCCCAUCCAGACAGGCCUCACUUGUGUCGGUAUGACCUCGUCCUUAUGGAGAAUGUUGAGACAUUCUUCCAACCUAUCCUGUGUGCCAAGCAGCAGAUGUAGCUGCUGUUAAGACAAGUGGCAGUGGUGACGUCAGGAUCUCUACAGCUACAGGCUUUAGUGCCUCACCCUACUGCAUCCUGAAGGCUCCCAAAGCAUGGGGGAAAAAACCAAGGUUAUUUUCGGCUGUGUUCCAAGGAUGUCACAUCACAAAAUGUCAAAGGACCUGUGAUUAUGAAACAGCACUGGGAGAAGAGCCCCUAACUAGGGCAAGACGGAAAUAGCCCAGCUCCCUACAGCAAAGCACUUUGGCUGGCUGCA